AAUUGGUCAAAUGUGUCUGGACUCAAGUAAUGUAUAUUCGAAGACGGAAUUAUGAACAUGGAAGAAUAAAAAGAAACAAUCGCAGAAACAAAUCGAACGAAUCGCUUCAUUUUAUGUAAGUUUUCAAAGUCUCAAAGCUGGUAGACUCGGAUGCAAAUAUUAGUUCCAAAUUAUUAAGUAUUGGUUAGAAGAGCCCAGAAAGUUGCAUGAUCUGUUCUAGAACCUAAAGGGAUUCAAGUUCGACUAACUUGAGGGAUCUGAAAGAAAACAUAGUACUCCUCCGAAGUUGUGUCAGAUCUGAACUUGUUCAAGUUGUAGAUGAUUUUAAUGAGUACCGAUAAUUUAGUGAAUUCCUAAAACGUCACCAAAUCCGCUAUCUUCUAAGAUACAAAUAUCUGAUGUGUUUGUUCUGGGCUUCGAAUCGUUUGUUAGUCCUUUUUCUAAUCCAAGGGGGGGAGGCAAUGUACGUAAGAAAUUAGAUUAAAAAAAUCCCAUGAUUAAGCCAAUCGAAGUGAAUUCUGGAGUUUUAGUGUUAUUAAUGGCUGGGAAGAGCCUUUGUCAAAGUCGAUAUAUGGUCUGGUGUCAUUGAAUAAAUACUUGUAUUGCUUAUUGUAGAAGCUUGUAGCUGAAAUUUAUUCACUGUCGUAUACUUUGCCGUGAGUGAGGUACGUUAUUACCCUUUAGAGCUAAAAGCUAAUCAACAGAUAUAUUCGUCUGACAAUCGUUUACCAGUUCUCGGUGUGUUUAUAGCUUCAGCUGUGUGUUACCUAUAUGGAUUAAGCAAUUUUUACGUCUUGUGGCGUGGACUACUCAAUGAGGUCUCUCAUUUCAUGGACUUUCAAUCAAAGCUCAACAGUCGAACACGUUCAUCAAAGCUCAUUAUGUACUAGAGAAGGAUGCUUUUUUUGAGUAUAGCCAUUACUCAUGUGAAUACCAAUCGCGAGUAACUGUUGUAUGAAUAACUGCUGCUUUAAAAUUGUGAAAAACAGGUUAUUUAGCUUCUGUCUAGAAAUUCCAGUACAUUCGCCCAUUUGGAACCUAUUUUAAACUUCUGUUGGCUUGGGCAAGCAUAAUAAUGCUGGACUUUUUUACGGAUCUUCGUUUUGAAUUUAUUUGGUCUUGUUGGCUAAUGGUACGAACAGUUAAUGAUUCAUUCAGAUAUCAGGGUCUGGUAAGCAUUCUAGUUUGGUCUGAGUCAUUUAUUAAUUUCCAAUAUUUUUCAACCCAACUGUGUAAAUUUAUUUCAAGAGCUGUUCAUGCACUAGUCAAGUACUAAAAACUAAUUUUCGUAACGUGGAAACAUUGGUAUGCCGUAUUUUAAUUGUCGAGUUUGACGUCAAUCAAAAGCCAUAUAUUUACGGUUUAUAUUUCUCAGUCUCUUAUGUAGAGUACAUAUAGAACUUCGAGGAAAUUUAUUUAAGGAUCUCUUCUUCAAAACGUUCAAGAUUCGUCUUGUAAAUAUUAACUGUCAUUUGCGUAACGAAUAAAUCCCAUUAUUGUACAUUGUAUGGAUUGGUUUGCAAAUUCUGGGGGGAUGACUAAGUUUCCCUGCACCAAUUUUUAUAUAGAGAUUAUAGGCUGUAUUUUUAAAUAUCUCGUAAACUAAUUACUUCAGGAAAACAAGUACAAACCAAUUUUGUGUUCAUAAAUCCUGUUGUCUGUUAGCUUCGCAUCAUUUUGCCAACUCAUAGAUAAUCAAUAACAAUUAUCACUGCAAUGUUACUGUUGCUCCCUUUUAUCGUUUUUCUCCCACCGAUCACAGAUUUACGUCCUUUUUCGUUCGGUGAACAAACCUUUGGAUAAUAAACAAGUCACCUACAAAUGUGACGGUCUAAUCCAAUCCCUAUAUUUUCAGUAACAUGUGCAGGUUCAUACUAAACUAUGUACAUCCCGAAAUGGAGCCGUAGUUUUCGAGCAUUUGCUCUGUUCUUUACAUUCACUGCAAUCAUGGCUGAUUUGCUUUGUUACUUCCUUGUACCUACUACAUUGAUCUACCUGCUUGGUAGUUCAUGUGUAUGGAUACAUCUGUUAUGGCAAACAGAUCGUGGUGUGUAUAUCCCAACAGUUGCAUUAUGUUUUUUAUUCUUCUAUGUCGAGGUAGCUGUAAGAUUCCGUGAUCCAAAAAGCCAGCCGCUGGGUAUAGAUCUCUGCAGACCUUUUGCAGCUCAUUGCAUUGGCUAUCCCGUUGUAACUUUGGGUUUCAGUUUAAAGAGUAUGAUCUCACAUCAUUUUCGUUUGAGAAGACAAAAGUUUGUGGAAGCACAAAAUAUAACGUUUUUCUCGAUUCUGGAAGAAGCAUUACCAAAGGAACUUUGGUGCUAUUUAAAAUCAGACACCAUUCCUAAAUCUAAACAUUCGAAUAUGGUUUGUGAAAAUAACUGUUCAACAUUGGCUAUUUCUUCUCCUACAUCCACUGUGCCAAAUUUAACUUCAUCUGGAAAUAUAUCUGAAUUAAAUAGGGUUAACCCGAUUCAUUCCAGAGAUAAAGAAAUUCAUCCUGCCUCAAGUGUUAAUAAGAAGAAUAUGUCUCUGAAUCAUCCCCGUACAACACGUCUCGUCUAUUCAUCUACUCGUGGUGAUAAUUGUACGGAUCUUUCUUUAUGUUCAAAUGAUAUGAAUAACCAUGCUUCUGUACCAUCAUCACUUUCAGAGCAGCCUGAAUCGUAUGUGGCUGUCUCUCUCGCUCAAACGAUCAUUGUAAAGGUUCCAUCUGUCCCUAACUCUGUUGUUCCGGAUACUGUUUCUGCUGACAAUCAUAUAGAGAGGGACACUGAUAUGAAGGAGGAUAAAUUAGUUCACAAGAAAUCCACGUCACUACUUGCUUCAGUUACAUCUGGUUUAUCAACUUCAACUUGUUCUAAUUCAACUAGUAAUAAUAAUAGAGCCAAAUCGAACUGUACACCAUCAAAUUCAAAAUCUUGUGAAACAAAACAAUCACCUCCAUCAAUCAAUAUUGCUUCAAAUAAAACAACUCUUUCUAAUAAUUCGAAUGUAAGUUCAGCUUCUUCUGGGGCUGCUGCUAGUAGUAGAUCCAAUGCAUGCGGUUCAACCUCAUUAUCAACUGGUUGUAAAUCAGGCGGUAAAAAUGCUAACAAGGAUGAGUAUACUUUAAAACUAGAAGCUGAGGCUAGAAAUUUAAAAUCGGAAAUCCAGUCUUUACGUAGUUCAGAAAUUCAGUUACGUGGUCAAGUUCAGCAGUUACUUGCUGCUGAACGAACAUAUCGCUCUGAAAGUUCUCAAGCUCAGCAAGAAUCUGAAAGUCUGCAAGCCAAGCUCAAUCAGUUGACUCAACGCCUUCAGGCGGAUCGUGCCAGUCUACAGGCAGCUGAGAAACGUCUCACUGAAGAGCGUAAAUAUCGUUUGCUUCUCGAACAGCAGUUCAAACAGCAAUCUGGUAAACAAAUAGAAGCAAGCUCCUCAGAAUCAACAUCUAACGAACCAGUUAUUUCUAAAACCACAGAUUCCAAAGCUUCAAUGACUGAAUCUCGAAAUACUUCAUUAAAUUCCUAUGAUCCCAUAUGCGUUGAAGCAUGUAAAAACAAUGAAUUAUGCGCAAAACGAAGGCAGGAACUAGAAUUAGAAUUGCAAAAUCUUACAAAAGCUUUAACUAUUAAAAAUAAUCAACUUACAGCACUGAACUCUGAACGUUUUUCACAUGGUGGACUAAGUGAAUCCAAUGAUAAGACAUGGAAGAAGCAGACUAAAAAUGAACGAACAAAACAAUCUAAUUCUGUGGAACAAAACUACAAUAUGAGCAAACGGCGGCAAAAGCAUGAAAUAACUGAGACUGAAUUAAGUGAUCUUGCCUCUCGUGUAAACUCUUUGCAAGAAGAAAAUCAACGUCUGACAGACACCUUAAAAGAGGAAGACAAAAUGAAACAGGAGCUUAUGACGGCUUACCAUUCUUCCCUAAAAGAGAUAACAGAAUUAAAUGCUACACUUACAAAGAAGGAGUACCAAAUCGUCGAACUUAACAAGCGCUUAAACUGCCUUACCCCAAAUCUCUGUGAGUAUGUAAGCAGAAUGAAUGCUUCAACAUCGAACUGUGCUAAAGUUUCAAACAUCUCAAUCCCUUUGGAUGGCAUUCCUAACGAAGAAUGUGUAAUUAACUCAUAUUCUGUCACAGAUACUUCACAGAUGUACACAAACUUUAACAAAACACAAAUAGAUGAACACAACCAUAUAGACAGAAUUGUUUCUAAAACUGGGUCGACAAACAGAAUGAAUUCUUAUAAUCAGUCCUACUCCUUGACUCCAUAUGAAACAUCUGCGCCAUUGAAUAAUCUAUCAAAUCAAAAGUCAAGCAUUUAUUUUGUUGAUCCUUGUGCCAAAUCAAAGCCUUUCUUCACAUCCCCCUUUCCUGUUACUGAUAGAAAAUUUCAUGGAAUUUCCGAAAUAAAUAAUUCCACUAAUCCUAAUAAUUUGGACUAUUUUGGUCAUAUUGCUUCGUCGGAAGAGGUUAUUCCAUCGUCGUCGUCGUCACUAACCAAUACUGGACUAGGUUAUCAAACAAGUCUAAAUGACCAUUGUCACAUAAAUAAUAGAAUGCAUUUUCGUCCGGAUAAACUACCUAAUUCAAACGCCUUUCAUCUCAGUCAUUUCGAAACCCUCGGUAUGAAAUGUAUGAAUGGAGGAUACACGUCAUAUGAUAAUGCUGUUUUCAAUAGAGUUUUACCAACCAGAUCUAUGCCGUUGUGUAGUACCAGACCAAUGACUGUCGGGAAUUCAGCCCAAGCUUCCUCACCCCCGCCUUUGUUUGUUCCACCUCCCGGCCUCUUACAGGGUGAUAUUGCUUCUAGUGUUUUGCAUUAUUCACACUCUAUUAAUGGAACAUUAUCAUUGCCAUCUUUAGAAGUGGUUGCAAAUUCGUCAGUUUGUGUCACUGAGUCCAUGUCAACAACCCCAACUGCAGUUAGUUCAUAUAGUCCUCGGAUUGUAGCUGACUCAUAUUCCACAGAUCCAGUGCAUACAGUUGGUCACCAGGACGAACUAUCAUCUCAAUCGUACAGUAGUUUGAAUUUUAAUAGUUCAGUAUGUGACAGCUUUACUAAUCUCAACCCACAUUCAAUAUUCAUGACAUCUAAUGAACCUAGUUGUUUUCAAUUCGGGAUGAGAAGUUCCACUGAUGAUAAGCCCAACUCUUUUGAUUUCACUACAUUUGGUCCCGUUGGGUCAUCAUCGCCAGCCGGUACUUUCAUCCACUCAAAUUUAAAUAGUUCUAACUGCAGUAGUUCUAUCUUGUCAAAUUUAACUUCAACAGGUUUACAGAGUAGACAAGUGUGUUUAGAUUCACAAAAUACUGAUACCUUAAGGUUUCCUAUGAUGUCUCCAUCAGUUUCGCAUUCAGAUGCCAUCUCAAUUCAUCUACGAUGUAGUAGCGAUCAGACAUUAUAA